AUGGCGGGCCUGCGAGCUCCAUCGACCAAUCAGACCCCAAUCAGACCCCAAUCAGACCCCAAUCUGCCCCCCAAUUCAACUCGUGUGCACCUGACUUUCCCGACGGGAAACUCCCAAAGCUCCCUCCACUCGGCCGACAUCGCCCGUUCCCCGGACUCUCAAGCUUCUCAGCAUCGACGUGCGAACCGGCGCACUGAAGGCGGUCGUGGGCCCCGAAACACUCGGGAUGCGCCGCAUACCGAGUCCCCUCGCCGCACGACCGGCGGACUGCCAUCCGGGCAGGGCUGCAAUCUCUCGCCCGGAUCGCAGCACGGUCUUAUAGUUUUCUCGCUCGAGUCGUGA